GAACGAAGGCCACCAAAACCAAAACACGCACUUUCCCGGUUAGUUGGUGUUUCAAAACUACGCACACCAAAUUUACACUCGAAAAUGUCCGAAAGCACCACACAAUCUGCGGACAUUAAUCCGGACGACACAAUAAAAAUCUUGGUGGCGAGUGAUAUACAUUUAGGAUACAAUGAGAAAGAUCCUAUACGAGGGGAUGAUAGCUUCAUCGCCUUUGAGGAAGUGCUGCAGCACGCGCUGGAAAAUGACGUGGACGCGAUACUGCUCGGUGGCGAUCUGUUCCAUGUGGCAAACCCGUCCACCAACACGCUGGACCGCUGCUUUCGACUGCUGAAGACGUACACACUCGGCGACAAACCGAUUCGGUUGGAGUUUUUGAGCAAUCAGAACGACAACUUCCUGGAAUCGCUAAGCCACACGGUGAACUACGAGGAUCCGAACAUGAACAUCGCGAUACCGGUGUUUUCCAUCCACGGCAACCAUGACGAUUCGGGCGGUGCCGGGCGCGUCAGCUCGAUGAAUCUGCUCAGCACCAACGGGUACGUGAACUACUUUGGCAAAUGGACCGACCUGAGCAAGAUCGACAUUCGCCCGAUACUGCUGCGCAAGGGCGAAACGAAGCUGGCACUGUACGGGCUGAGCUACAUGAGCGAUGCGCGGCUGUGCCGCCUGCUGGACGAUGCGAAAGUCUUCAUAGAGAAGCCGGAUGAGCCCGGCUUUUUCAGCAUCAUGGUACUGCACCAGAAUCGGGCGGAACGGGGGCCGAAAAAUUAUCUGCCCGAAAGCUCGCUGCCCCAGUUUCUGGACCUGAUCAUCUGGGGCCACGAGCACGACUGCCGCAUCGAGCCGGAGGAGAACGCGGCGAAGAAGUUCUACGUCAGCCAGCCCGGCUCGACCGUGGCGACGUCACUGUCCGAGGGCGAAGCGAUACCGAAGUGCUGCGGAUUGCUCAGCAUUCACAAGGGCCUCUUCCGGAUGGAUCCGAUACCGCUGAAAUCGGUACGGCCGUUCGUGUUUGAAUCGAUCGAUCUGGCCACGGUGCAGGAGGAGCUGGCGCUUGACGAGGGGGACGUGCAGCAGCGGGUCCAGGCCUUCGCUACCGAGCGUAUCGAGGCGAUGAUAGAGCGUGCCAAGCAGCAGCAGUCGGGGUACGUCCGGCAGCCGAAGCUUCCGCUCAUUCGGCUCCGGCUGCUGCUUACCGAAGUGGAGCAACAGUUUAACGCGAUCCGGUUCGGGUUUCGCUAUCACGGGCGGGUAGCAAACCCGCAGGACAUGGUCAUCUUUAAGAAGAAACCCAAAGCGAUGGUAAAGGACGAGCUGGGCAAGAUGCUGGACAAGGCUGCGCUGCAGGAAGCGUACCGGAACCAGCGCGAACAGCGUGCCCAGCGGGCGGAGGAGAUCGUCGAUCGGUAUUUCCGCGAGGCGGACGUGAUGAACCAGCUGGAGGUGCUGUUCCCUCGCAGCAUGACGGAACUCUGCCGCCGGAUGGUGGACUACGAGGACGAUGAGGCGGGCGAGAAGAUUAUCAAGUUUUACGAGGACAAAGCGCUCGAGUUUCUGCGCGCACAGGGCAAUCUCAGUGAGGAGGGUAUCUGUGAAGCGCUGGCCGGGUUCCCGGCGGCCGACCCGGAGGUGCACGAGAAGGUGCUCCACAUGCUGGACACACGAUCGAAGCAGCAGGACGCGGUCGAUCCGUUGAGGCGCUUUCGCGAUCUGGACGAUGAGGCAGAGAACAACGAUGGGACGACGGGCAAAGGUACGAUGGAUACGACCGCUGCGAAACCUGCCCGUGGUGCACGGGGUGGUGGUGCGCGUGGCGGAAGAGGUUCACGUGGAGGUGCACGUGGCGCUAGCAAGGCAACGGUAGCGGCAGUAACUACAACUACUGGAGCCGGUGCGAGCCGUUCUCGGUCACAAACGUCGAUUAGUUCAUUGUUUGCCUCGCAGACGAGUAACAACGGCAGUAUUGCCAGUGUGGCCACCAGAACAUCGUCCAGAAAACCGGCCGCCACAAAGGCUCGUCAGAUGGACUUUGAUUCGGAUGAUGAGUGAAGCAUCAUGACAGCGGCGUUUGGUUGAGGGGUAAGCAUUGUUACUCAUUCUGUAGAAUUACAUGUUUGGUUUUAAGCAUUAAGUUUAAUCAUGAAAGCUGUUCCUCCUGUACAUUACUUGUUUAAUUGAAAUAUUCUCAGGGAAAAAGAGAAAAUAAAUCCUGAUUGUUUACAGGAGAGAAAAGCUUUAACGCUUUAAAUUUAAAUCUACAGCCCAGGAGCUACUUUUCCCAUCCGAAUGACUGCGUUACAGAUAAUAAUUUAAAUUUCUUUUCCUAUAUUGCUAUUAUACACCUUACCUUAACCUAUACGGUUCUCCUUUAUGGUGAAUUAAAACUAUCUUGCGCUGCCGGGAAUGCUUACAAAGGUUCCAUUGUCAAGUCCGUUAUGGGAUCGAGAUCAGUUCAAGGGUCAGCCUGGUGUCAGGAUAUCUUCCAGGAGAUGUUUGUCAGAAAUAAUACCGAGGCUAGUAGGGGUUGAGGAUGAUUUUCAGGAUCAGUAUAAUAUUAGGACCAGUUCAAGGAUCAUUAUAGAUUCAGAAGCAAUCCUUAGAACAGGAUGAGUUCAUAAACAUUUUCAGGACCAACAUAGGUUGUGAAUCAGUUUAUAGAAUAGGUAAAGGAUCAGAAUCAGUUCCAUAUGGGUUCAGGAUCAUUUCCAAGAGCGGGAUGGGUUCAGCAACAGGAGAUGGAUUCCAGGACCGGUAUCGGUUGUGGAUCAGUUCCAGAAUUGGUGUAAGAUCAAAAUCAGUUACAGAACCUAUACAGAUUUAGGAUCGAUUCCAGGCUCUGAAUGGGCUUGGUAUUAUUUCCAGGAUCAGCAUAUGGUUGGGAACAGUUCUAUGGCCUGUAUGGGUUCAGGGGCAAUUCCAAUACCGGGAUACGUUCACGAAUUCUUCAAUUUCUAAGAUUGCUAUGCUCAUUAUUAAUAAUCAGUUCCAGAAGCAAUAUGGGCUUAGGCUUAGUUCCAGUAUCAGUAUAAGGUCAAAAUAAGUUUCAGGUCUUAAAUGAGUUGAGCAUCCACCGGGUAGGUGCGGGUUUGUGUAUCAGUUCCUGGAUUGAUAGAUUGUUAUGUUCAGUUCAAGGAAUUGUAUUAGUUCCUAUAAGAUCUAGGAUGGGGUUAGGGUCAGUUUAGGUACGGUAUGGGUUCAGGGUCAGUGUUAAUUAUUAUUAACGGUCGAUUCGGUGGUACAGUGUUAUUUCUUGUGAUUCCCGAAAGAGGGCGACACAGACAGUGUUUAGUAUGGUCAACGUCUAUCACUGAUCGGGUUGAGCAUUCCCGAAGGAUCCCGAUCUAGGCUAAGCGAAAGAUGCAAGGUCACUCUUUCGUCAAAGCCCACGACAAGUGACGGAUUUUUUAGCGUCUCUAAUGAAAACAUAAAUAAUUAGACAGCUUAAAA